GGUCACGUGGCGCCCAACAUGGCGGCGCCCAUGGCGGCGGCGAGCGGCGGCUCCGUGACGCGGCGGCUGCUCCGGGGCGUCUCCCGCAGCCUCAGCGGCGCCGGGGCCGCGGCCGAGGAGCCCGAGGCCGCCGUGGUUAACGUCGUCUUCGUGGACCGGGAGGGGCGGCAGGUGCCGGUGCGCGGCAGAGUCGGUGACAACGUGCUGCACCUGGCGCAGCGGCACGGGCUGGAGCUGGAGGGUCGGGACCGGGAACGGGACCGGGGCUGGGAACGGGAACGGGAUUGGGAACGGGAACGGGACCGGGAACGGGAUCGGGAUUGGGAACGGGACCGGGGCUGGGAACGGGAACGGGACCGGGAACGGGGCUGGGAACGGGAACGGGAUUGGGAACGGGACCGGGAGCGGGAACGGGGCUGGGAACGGGACCGGGGCUAUCGGGGGGGUCUCAGUGUUCCUGGGCCGUUCCCAUGGGGCUGUCCCGGCGCUCCCGGUGCUCCCGGGGCGGUCCCGUGGGGCGGUCCCGGUACUCCCGGUCCAUUCCUGAUGCUCACGGCGCGGUCCCGGCGCUCACGGCGCGGUCCCCGUGCUCCCGGGGCUGUCCCGGUGCUCCCGGGCCGUUCCCGGCGCUCCCGGGCCGUUCCCGGUGCUCACGGCGCGGUCCCGGUGCUCCCGGGCCGUUCCCGGCGCUCCCGGGCCGGUGCCCCCCGGACCCCCCGGUACCCCCGGUACCCCGGUGACGGCCGUGCCCGCAGGGAGGAGGACCUGCUGGACCAGGCGCCGCUGCUGCGGGAGAACUCGCGGCUGGGCUGCCAGCUGCGCCUGAGCCGCGCCAUGGAGGGAGCGCGCAUCGCCCUGCCCCGGCGCACGCGCAACUUCUACGUGGACGGGCACGUCCCCAAACCCCACUGACCCCCCGGGGGGACCCCAAAAUCCCACUGACCCCCCGGGAGGGCACCCCUAAACCCCUCCCGACCCCAGGGGGAGCCCCCAAACCACUGACCCCGCAGGGCACCCCCAAACCCGGGGGUCACCCCCGAACCCCACUGACCCCUGGGGGACCCCCCGAGCCCCCCCAGACCCUCCAGGGAGUGGGGACCCCCCCCAAAAAUAAAUUCUCCCCCCAUCCAAGGCCACCCUCACUUUUAGGGGUGUCCCCAAACUGCCCCCAAGGGGGGCGGGGGGGUCCAGUCCCAGGAGCUGACAGAGUGACCCCCUCCCCAAAAAAGAAUUCCCUUUGUUCUGGAUUCGGGAUAACGAGCGUUGGCUCAUUAAUUAAUUAAUUAAUUACUAA